CAACAUGCAAUGGAAAAUAGGUUUUGUUGGUGAGAAAGAAAUGACUGUCACAGCAUGAGGACAAGGAAAAGAUCGCAACUUUUCAGACAGAGAGAGAGAGCACAGCACAGCAUGAAGCAUAGCUACAACCAUGAUUCCCUUUUCUGGCUUUUCACUCUCAUCAUCAUCAUCUUCUUCUUCUUCACCAUGCUACGCACAAGCAGUAGCACUCGUGUCGUGCUUUUUACUGCUCCAACAUUAGCAUAAAAUCCAAAUAAGAGUCCAAACAAAACACUACCCUGAACUAAUAACACAACUUGAACUAGAACUAGAACUAGAACUAGAACUAGAACUAGAACUAGAACUAGAACUACCAUUUUCACCACACUUCCUACCAGUCUUCCUCUCUUUCCAACCAGUCUCACUCUCUCACACCACUUCAUUAACUCCAACUACAUUCCCAUUCUCAUUCUCAUUCAUUAAACAACAUGUCUUCAACCUUCAUCACUCUCCUCGUUUUAUGCCUUUUUCUCGGUUCUUGUUUGGCACAGCCUCGCCGUGUCCUCCACCAACCACUCUUCCCAAGAGUGGCUACCCCUCCAACACAACCACCUCAACCCCAACCCCAACCCAGACACCACCAACACACACAACCCAAGCUUCCAUUUUCAUCUUCUUCAUCGUCUUCUCCUCCACCGCACAAAUCUUUCUUCCCUUCUCCUUCCUUCCGCUCGCCGCCCCUCCCUCCUCCGCCGCCCGUCGCCACCACCUUCCCCGCCAACAUCUCCUCCCUCCUCCUCCCCCCCUCCGGAUCGGACAGCCUCCGCCUCUUCCCGCCCUCCGACGCCGCCGAAACGAAACCCCCCGCGACGGAGCUCCUCUACCUCGGCACGGUGGCCAACUCCGUCAACCCCGCAACGGACUCCAUCUCCAGCCACGACGAUGACGAUUUCCGGCCACCGUAUCACAAACUCAACGACUCGCCGGAGCUCAACCCGCUGCCACCACUCCCGCGUCACAAAUUCAAUCCAUGGAUGAGUGAAGUAAACGAUGAUAAAGAAAUAAAAGAACCAAAUGAUGAUGAAGAAGAAGUAGAAGAAGAGGAAGAAGAGUUUUUCUCUCCAAGAGGUUCUUCUGAAGAAAAAGAAAACAAACAACAACACAGUCCUCCACCUCCUUCUCCUUCUACUCUUCUCAAUGCUGGUGCCGCUUCAACCUCACGUGUGUUUCACGUGGAUCAAUUCGUUUCCACAACCUUCACUUCGUACCCUCGUUCCAAUUCCCUCUCUUCUCUCAAUUGCAGCCCCACUAGCGUCAAAUCGUUGCCUCUUAACAACCCCGCUUCUCCUUCUUUCUCUUCCUCUUCUUCUCCCCGGGAGGAAUGGCAGGGAAAGACUUCUCCGGCGACAAAUUUACCUCCUCCGCCGCCGCCACCGCCGCCACCUCCGGUGCGGUUUUGGGAGACCUCGCCAAGUGUUGGUGUUAGGAGUGAGAGUGAGGACACCCCAAAGCCAAAGUUGAAAGCUUUGCAUUGGGAUAAAGUUAAGGCUAGUUCCGACAGGGUCAUGGUUUGGGAUCGCUUGAGACCCAAUUCUUUUCAGUUGAACGAGGACAUGAUUGAAACGCUUUUUAUGGCGAAUAAUUCUAAGGAGAGUUUUGGUGUUGCGACUAGAGACAACAAUGCUAGGCGUCCAAUACUUCAUUCAGCUUCUCCCAUGCCUCACGAAAAUAGGGUGCUUGACCCUAAGAAGUCUCAGAACAUUGCCAUUUUGCUUAGGGCGCUCAAUGUCACUAUUGACGAAGUUUGUGACGCCCUCAGGGAAGGCCAUUGUGAUACAUUGGGAACGGAACUUCUUGAAAGCUUAUUAAAGAUGGCUCCAACUAAGGAUGAAGAGUCUAAGCUGAAGGAGUUUCAUGAUGAGUCACCCUUCAAGCUUGGUCCUGCUGAGAAAUUUCUUAAAGUCGUGCUUGAUAUACCUUUUGCGUUUAAGAGAGUGGAUGCUAUGCUCUACAUUGCUAAUUUUGAUUCAGAAUUAGAAUACCUUAAGAAGUCCUUUGAAACUCUCGAGGUGGCCUGUGGUGAAUUAAGGAAUAGCCGCAUGUUUCUGAAGAUACUUGAAGCAGUGCUGAGAACAGGAAAUCGAAUGAAUGUUGGAACCAAUCGUGGUGAUGCUCAUGCGUUCAAACUGGACACACUUUUGAAGCUAGUUGAUAUUAAAGGAACUGAUGGAAAAACUAGUCUCUUGCAUUUUGUUGUACAGGAAAUUGUCAGAACCGAGGGUUCUCAUAUAUCUGAUUCAAAUCAUCACCAUACCUCUGAUAAUACCCACCAAUAUACACUUCAAGAUGAGGUUGACUUCAAAAAGCUUGGACUGCAAGUUGUUUCAGGCUUGAGUGGGGAGCUCACCAAUGUUAAAAAAGCAGCUGCUAUGGAUUCAGACACGCUGAGUUGUGAUGUUGCUAAACUUGCCAGAGGAAUUGAAAAAGUUGUGCAAGUUGUAAAAUUGAACGAGGAGUCACCUUUGAAAGACACCAACCAAAACUUUUUUGAUGCAAUGAAAGGUUUCUUGAAGAGGGGAGAGCAAGAGAUUUUAGCAAUCCAGGCCCAUGAGAAAAAUGCCCUCUCUUCAGUAAAGGAGAUAACCGAGUAUUUCCAUGGAAAUUCAGCAAAGGAAGAAGCUCAUCCAUUUAGAAUUUUUAUGGUUGUGAGGGAUUUCCUUUCAAUACUAGAUGGUGUUUGCAAGGAAGUUGGUAAAGUAAAUGAGAGGACUUUGGUUGGUUCCCGUCAAUCUGUAAUGCCUGCAAUUCCUAUAAUGCCAACCUUUUUCCCUGAGAUUAUUAUUGGUAAGCAGCCAUAUGAUUCAUCUGAAUCUGAUUAACCUCUCAAAUCCUAUCUGACCCGGCUGUAACAGGUUCAAGUAGUUUGUACACGUUUGGCCAUUGAUGGGUUAUGUUUAUAUCAUCCAAACAUUAUCAUGUGAAGUGACAUUUUCUCUCAAAUCCCACCUGAACUAAAGCCAGUCUUUACCCAUACCUUUGAUGGUGAAAAAAAGCCUAUGCUAUCACAGCUCUUGUCUUCAUAUAGAUCUGUAUAUGUUUUACUACCUAGAUUAUAUAAUGGGUACAUUUUCUCUCCCUUCUGUGCUAGGUUGGCUGCUUCUCUAUAUUUGUAUUCAUAAAGAUCAAUGACAAACUUUGGAUUUGUUUUUAUCUAAACUUUGUAAAUUGAGAAAUGUGAUUUGUGAGUAAGAAGUUGAAAUUACUAACA